CGAAGCGGAGGCCCCGCCUCCUCCGGAACUUUGAGCUCCUGACCCCGCCCUCCUGGCGCCGUGCUGGCUCCUCCCGGCUCUAAGCUCCCAGCCCUCCUCUCUGGGAGCUUGUGCUGCUGCCGGUUCACGUACUGGUGCUCCGCACUCGGGUCUAGCAGAUUCGUCCUGUUGGCUGCUUCUAGCCUGUGCUCCCAGUUCCCUCUCUACCCAGCCUAUCCAGCGCCCCAACUGCCGCCGCGUCCCGGGCCCCGACCGUGAGGCCCGGCCGGCCCCUGCUGGAGCAGGAGGCGCGGGGGCGUGCUGUGCUGGGAGGCGUGGCGGCGGACGCGGGCUGGGACUGCUCGGUCGCCUCCAGCCCCGCGGGCGUUUCAGAUCAUGUCACCCGAAGAGUGGACAUAUCUGGUAGUUCUUCUUAUCUCCAUCCCCAUCGGCUUCCUUUUUAAGAAAGCUGGGCCUGGGCUGAAGAGAUGGGGGGCAGCAGCUGUGGGCCUGGGACUCACCUUGUUCACCUGUGGUCCCCACACUUUGCAUUCUCUGAUCACCAUCCUUGGGACCUGGGCCCUCAUUCAGGCCCAGCCCUGCUCCUGCCAUGCCCUGGCACUCGCCUGGACCUUCUCCUAUCUCCUGUUCUUCCGAGCCCUCAGCCUGCUGGGCCUGCCCACUCCCACGCCCUUCACCAAUGCCGUUCAGCUGCUGUUGACAUUGAAGCUGGUGAGUCUGGCCAGUGAGGUCCAGGACCUACACCUGGCCCAGAGGAAGGAAAUGGCCUCAGGCUUCAGCAAGGGGCCCAUCCUGGGGCUUCUGCCCGAUGUGCCCUCCUUGAUGGAGACGCUGAGCUACAGCUAUUGCUAUGUGGGAAUCAUGACAGGCCCGUUCUUCCGCUACCGCACCUACCUGGACUGGCUGGAGCAGCCCUUCCCGGAGGCCGUGCCCAGCCUGCGGCCACUGCUGCGCCGCGCCUGGCCGGCCCCGCUCUUUGGCCUGCUCUUCCUGCUGUCCUCCCAUGUCUUCCCGCUGGAGGCCGUGCGUGAGGACGCCUUCUACGCCCGCCCGCUGCCGGCCCGCCUCUUCUACAUGAUCCCCGUCUUCUUCGCCUUCCGCAUGCGCUUCUACGUGGCCUGGAUUGCCGCGGAGUGCGGCUGCAUUGCCGCGGGCUUCGGGGCUUACCCCGUGGCUGCCAAAGCCCGGGCCGGGGGCGGCCCCACCCUCCAAUGCCCACCCCCCAGCAGUCCGGAAAAGGCGGCUUCCCUGGAGUACGAUUUUGAGACCAUCCGCAACAUCGACUGCUACAGCACAGACUUCUGCGUGCGGGUGCGGGAUGGCAUGCGGUACUGGAACAUGACAGUGCAGUGGUGGCUGGCACAGUACAUCUACAAGAGUGCGCCUGCCCGCUCCUACGUCCUGAGGAGCGCCUGGACCAUGCUGCUGAGCGCCUACUGGCAUGGCCUGCAUCCUGGCUACUACCUGAGCUUCCUGACCAUCCCGCUGUGCCUGGCUGCAGAGGGUUGUCUGGAGUCGGCCCUGAGGUGGCGGCUCAGUCCCGGGGGCCAGCAGGCCUGGGACUGGGUGCACUGGUUCCUGAAGAUGCGCGCCUACGACUACAUGUGCAUGGGGUUCGUGCUCCUGUCCAUGGGCGACACGCUUCGGUACUGGUCUUCCAUCUACUUCUGCAUUCACUUCGUGGCCCUGGCCUGCUUGGUGCUGGGGCUAGCUCUGGGUGGGGGCAGCCCCAGCCGGCGGAAGACAGCACCCCAGGCUGCUGGCCUUGCCCCAGAGAAGCUUCGGGAAGAAUAGGCAGCCAGGCACCCCCAGUGCGGCACCGUCCGGCCGCCAGGCUUCUGCCUGGGAAUUCCUUGAACCAGGCUGUUGUCUCCUCCCAGAGCCCCUGGAGGCUGGUGGCCUGGAGAGGACUGUGCUUCCCAGCUAGCCACCCUGCCUCCUGCUGAAGCAGAGCUGGGGAUGCCCCUGCCCCUGGCGCUUGGCCCUGUGCCUGCAGCAGGCCACUCCCUUGAAACCAGGGUCCUGUCCUCACUGCUCCAGCCUGCCGGUGUUGAGAGAGCCUGGCUUCCCCAGGAUGCCAGGGCCAGGCGGGUGGCCACGUGGCUUCUUGGGCAGAUUCCCUCCUGAUCCGUGGUGUGGGGGCAGGGGCUUCAGGGUCAGGAUCUGGGACGGGGAAGCCUCUCCCUGGUCUUGGUCCUCGCUUGUCUCAUCAGAGCAGUACUUCAGGGUGCACGAGAACGCGGCCUUCCAUUUCCUGUGGGGGACUGAGGCGCAGGUGGCCUGCCAGCGACUCUUCUCUUGCAGCUGCCACCUGAGGGCCCAGCCCACUGCCACCCCAUUGUCAUCCCUUGGCCUGUGACAGGUCAGAGUGUGUAAAUCUUUCCUAAUAAAGUGUGGCACAGGCAUCUGUUCGU